AUGGUCCAUGCUACUCAAAUUAACCCAGUAUUUCCCGCGUACUCGUGUGGAGAUUUUGGUGUUUCAAGAAGCGAAUUUGAGUUCAUCGUCUCGCCGAACUCGCCGAGUUCUACCAACUGGAAGGCUAUCAAAGCUGGAGUCGCUUGGAUUCCACGGACAUGUUUGCCCAUGAUAAUGAUCCGCAAUGAAGUAGGGGAGGGCGUUAAUACUGCUAUGGCACCGCUUCCCCUAAGCGCCACCAAGAUGGGGUCGCUUCUACAACGCCUGGCCACCGGCCCAUCGAUUGAGUCCAAGUCCGCCACCUCAGGGGAGUUUGACCAGUUGGGCUGGAAGGCUGUCCCCGAGGUUUCAGGCGAUGCUAUAGGCAAGCUGCGAUCCAUCGAUCCCCAGGACCUCGGUGCUGUUCUCCGUGCUCUGGAGAUAGGGCAGCUCAAGCUGAAGCCUAGCCGAUCCGAGAAGCAGAACCUGUCCCCCACGGAACCGAAGGCUAGUCAUCCUUUUGUGUCAGCAGCUACUGCCGCUCAGGGGGAUGAAGUACCGACAGAGCCCAACACUGUCCUCACCCAACCUAUUACCACUUCAUCGGCCUCAGAGGGAGGCCGUCCUACUGUUCCAGAGGUUCCUCCAGCUGCUUGCAGCUCUGAGCCCGACAGUUCCACAUCAUGA